UCAGUUAGGUAUAUUCUUUUUUUUCGGCGCAGUCUAAUAGCAGUGAUUGAGUUUUUUUUAGGGUCAGUCACAUAACCAGAAUUUUUUUGAAGUAAUUUUGGUAGAUUAUUCGGAUUUUCAAGAAUAGGAUUUCUGGCACGUUCAAAAUAUGAGUCCCAAUUGCGUUGCAGAUAAUAUGUCGUCACAAGAUGAAUCAUGUGAUGAUCCAUCUAUAUUGAAUGGUAGAAUUUUAGCUAGCCCUGAACCAGGAGAAGAAGUGUGUAUAACAGGUGUCUCCGGAGUCUUUCCAAACUCCAGAAAUGUCCAUGAGUUCAGGGACAACUUGAUAAACAAAAUUGAUAUGGUAGAUGGUGAUUUCCGGAGAUGGCAGCCAAUUCAUUCUGAAAUUCCCCAGAGGAUAGGAAAGAUUUAUGACAUUGAAAAGUUUGACGCUGGGUUUUUCGGUAUUCAUCAUAGGCAAGCUGACUCUAUGGACCCAAUGGCGAGAAUUUUCCUUGAGAAAGCUAUUGAAGCCAUUUUCGACGCUGGCUUCCACCCUUCUGAGCUCGAAGGCACCAAUACAGGUGUUUUUGUCGGAACGUGCUUUGCCGAAAGCGAGAAAGAUUGGUUUUUCUUGAAUUUGGAUCCUCAGCAAUACGCCAUCACCGGUUGCUUGAGAUCGAUUAUACCGAAUAGACUGAGCUAUUACUUGAAAUUGAAGGGUGUUUCCUGUGUAACAGAUACAGCCUGUAGUAGCUCUAUGUAUGCCCUUGAAAAUGCAUAUAAAGCCAUUAGAACAGGACAAUGUGAUAUGGCUAUUGUAGGUGGAACGAACUUAACCCUUCAUCCAUUCGUAUCGCUACAAUUCGCCAGAUUGGGUGUACUGAGUAAAGAUGGUUGCUGCAAGUCUUUCGAUGCUUCUGCAAACGGUUAUGCUAGAUCGGAAGCUAUUACUUGCGUAUUCUUGCAGAAAGCUAAGGACUCCAGGAGAAUAUACGCUUCGGUUGUUCACGCAAAAACUAAUUGCGACGGUUACAAGGCACAAGGUAUUACUUAUCCUUCUGGGGAUAUACAAAAGAGGCUUCUUCAGGAGUUUUAUGAAGAGUGUCGUGUCGAUCCAACAUCUCUCAGUUUUCUUGAGGCGCAUGGUACAGGUACGAGAGUGGGUGAUCCCGAAGAAUGUUCGGCUAUCGAUGAGAUCUUCUGUACCGGACGAAAAGAUCCUCUUCUGAUUGGAUCUGUCAAAUCUAAUAUAGGACAUUCCGAACCUGCUUCUGGCAUCUGUUCUAUCACAAAAUGUAUCAUAGGCUUCGAAGAAGGAUACAUCCCUCCGAAUAUCUACUACUCCAAGCCGAGAGAGGGCGUUACUGCAUUGGAAGAAGGACGAAUUAAGGUGGUUUCUGAAAAAAUGCCGUUCCAGGAUGAUAGAGGGCUUAUAGGUGUCAACAGUUUUGGUUUUGGAGGAGCUAACGGUCACGUUCUCCUCAAGUGGAAUAAAAAAUUCAAAAUCAAUGGAGGCCAGCCUGAAGAUAAUAUUCCACGUCUUGUUUGUGUCAGCGGUAGAACACCGGAAGCUAUAACUUCACUCACUGAAGAUGUAAAUUCAAGAAGUCUUGACGCUGAACAUGUCCAACUACUUCAAGAAAUUUUCAAACGGAAUGUUGAAGGCCAUAUGUAUCGUGGCUACACUAUAGCUUCGAAAGAAGGAGAAAUCAAAACUUCAGUCAGAAAUUUCGAAGGUACAAAGCCACCUUUAGUACUUGCUUUCGGAAGUUUUGACGAUUCAUGGCAAUCUCUCGCUCAGUCCUUGUUUUGCAUACCUGUUUUCGCUGCUACGAUUGAAAGAAUUCGUGAUGUUCUGAACAACAAUAAUACUGGAAUUAAUAUCACUGAAAUUAUAGAGGAUAAAGCAACUGAAAUAGAUUCUGUAGUAAAGAAUAUUCUGGGAAAUGUAACUGUGCAUAUUGGAAUUGUGGAAAUUCUAAAAGAUUUAGAAGUGGUUCCAGAUAUCAUCAUUGGAUAUGCUAUUGGGGAACUUGGAUGUGCCUACUGUGAUGGAAGUUUGUCUCUCGAACAGACUAUAUUGACAGCAUUCGAAAUUGCAAAUCACGUGAAGACUAUAAAUGAACCGUCUUCAAUUUACCUUGUUAAACUUGGAGAAGCACAGGUAAGAAAACUGCUUCCACCUAGUAUCGAGAUCAUAUGGAAAAAUAAUGAAAGGAGUGUGACAAUCUCCGGAGGGCAUAAUAUUACUAGAAAGUUUGUAGAGUCCCUUAGAAAUAUAGGAGUCGUUGUGAUACCCGUUAGUUCUGGACAUGUUACUUGGCUCACGAGAAGUAUUUCAAAAAUUGAAUCAACUGUGCUACCACGAGUUAAAGAGAUAAUUCCGAAACCAAAACAGAGAAGUAGUAAAUGGCUAUCAGCCUCAACAGAGAAAGUGGCAUCUCAUGAAUAUUUUGUCAGAGCUUUACAUUCCCAAAUAUGUUUUCAAGAUCUUUCUACCCAAUUUGAAGAAAAACACGUCAUUCUUGAAUUGGGCAAUGGUGCAUUUGCUGAAUUAUUGAAGAACACAAUUGACUUCUCUGUAAAUAUUGUUAAAUUUGAUGUCAAGCCUGGAGAUAGUGUGAAUACUCUCUUAGAAGUUCUCGGAAGUUUAUACGAAUGUGGCUUCAAUCCUCAAAUCCAAAAGAUGUAUCCAAGAAUUCAAUAUCCAGUAAGCAGGGGAACACCAAUGAUUUCUCCAAAAAUUAAGUGGGAUCACUCCAAAGACUGGUAUGUCAUGUUCUACAGAGAAAGUGAUUCACUGAAGAGUGGUGAAAGAGCGCUUGGUGUGACUCUGAAGCAAGAUGAUUACAUGUACUUAGCAGGACAUGUAAUUGAUGGACGUAACCUACUUCCGGCUACCGGAUAUUUGCAGGCUGUUUGGGGCACACUUGCUCUAAUGCUAAAUAUGUUGGAACAAGAAUUGAUUGUCGUAUUCGAAAACUGCCGUUUCAACAGAGCCACUACGGUCAGCAAAGAAAUUACUGAAUACAAUGUCAUGAUCCAAAGAAGCAGUGGCAAUUUUGAGGUCAUAGAAAGUGGUGUGGAUGUAGUGAGCGGAAGAGUGUAUUCAAUACCAGAUGAAAAAUUGGAGCAAGUAUGUCUUCCACAGCCUUCUGAAACUAUUGGAAUGAAUGAAUUAUCUUUGAAAACUAGAGAUAUUUACAAAGAGUUACGUCUUAGAGGUUAUAACUACAAAGGUGCCUUCAAAGGUCUGCAGGAGUGUAACCAUGAAGCUACAAUUGCUUGGGUGAAGUGGGACGGCAAUUGGGUAUCUUUCAUGGACAACAUGCUCCAAAUAAAAAUUCUCCAAUUGGAUACGAGACUAUUAUAUGUUCCUACUAGCAUAAGGAAGAUGACAAUCGAUGCCAAAAAACAUCUUCGAUAUGUGGAAUCUUUCGGUGAAGAUCCUGUUCUUCCGGUUUAUGUCUAUAAAGAUGCAGAUAUUAUAAGGUGUGGAGGUGUUGAAAUAAUAGGAGUUAUGGCAAGUUCGAUACCUAGGAGGAAACAAUUUGGUCAGCCUGUACUGGAAAAAUAUGAGUUUGUGCCCAAUGAGAUGAAGCUUUCAAUCGAACAAUCCUUGCGAGUCAAUAUGCAAAUAAGUUUAGAAAAUCUUUAUGCCAUCAACAUCAAAAUAGUUGAAGUGAUAGAUGAAGUAACAACAGAAGAUAGCGAACCUUUAGGACCUACUAUUCAUCAGGCUUUCAGUGACCAACCACUUAUUCGACCAAAUAUUGUUAUAUUGAGUAAAAAAAAAUUUGAUCUGCAAAACAUUACAGUAGAAGAAAAACAAUUAGUUUCAGAAACCGACUGUCAUUUAAUUGUAGCCACAAAAAUUCUUCGGAGACCAUUGGUACUUCAACAAGCUUUUGGAGCUUUGAAAGAUAAAGGGUUCAUUUUAUCACGAGAGGAAUCAGAUUUUGAUAUUUCUAAGUUACCAAAAGAAGACCUUGCACUUUUUGAUGUGCUCACAGUUCAUGAUGUUGGCUCGGAAAAGUUUGUCUACUUCAGAAAAUCAAUAAAACCACGAGAACACAAAUCUAUAAACGUUUCUCAACGGGAUGAGGAAUUUAGUUGGUUAACAAUACUGCAGAGUUCUAUGAAGAGUGACAGUGAAGUUAUUCUAUAUGCACAAAACGAAGAUUUGAGUGGCAUUCUUGGUCUCUUCAAUUGCAUUCGAAGAGAGCCUGGAGGAAUGAACGUGAGAUGUUUCCUUAUAUUUGACGCUAAUGCCCCACCCUUCGAUCCAAAACAUACUUUUUACUCCAAGCAGAUGGCGAGAAAUAUGUCUGUCAAUAUCUAUAAGAAUGGACAAUGGGGAACUUACAGACACUUGCUUUUGCAUCAAAUCGAAACAUUAGAAACUGAACAUUGCUUUGUGAAUCCUUUGAGAAGAGGCGAUUUGUCUAGUUUGAAAUGGAUUGAAGGUAAUCUUAACUCGAAAACUAUUCUACCUCCAGAGAAGAAACUAGUACAGGUGUACUUUGCUUCAUUAAACUUCAGAGAUGUUAUGACAGCCUCGGGUCGUAUCAAUGCCGAUGUUAUUACCAUGGAUAGGAUUGAACAAGAAUGUGUUCAAGGUUUCGAAUUUUCAGGAAGGACUACCAGUGGUCGGAGAGUUAUGGGAAUGGUUACGCAUGGAGCUAUGUCAACACUUAUUGCAGCUGAUAACUAUCUUCUCUGGAAUAUUCCAGAAAGUUGGUCUAUGGAACAAGCCGCUACAGUUCCUGUAGUUUAUGGAACAGUUAUUUAUGCUCUUGUUUUGCGUGGUAAAAUCAAGAGAGGGGAUUCUAUUCUUAUCCAUUCAGGUACAGGAGGUGUUGGACAAGCUGCUAUACGCAUAGCUUUAUCAUAUGACUGUAAAGUAUAUACUACAGUUGGAACACAGGAGAAGAGAGAUUUCUUGAAAAAAUUAUUUCCUCAACUCACAGAUCGUCAUAUCGGUAGCUCCAGAGACUUGACUUUUGAACGAAUGGUCAAGCAAGGAACAGGAGGUCGUGGCGUCGAUUUGGUAUUGAACUCUUUGGCUGAAGAGAAGCUCCAAGCGUCCGUAAGAUGUCUAGCGAAAGGUGGCAGAUUCCUGGAAAUUGGUAAAUUUGAUCUUGCAAAUAAUAAUAGUUUGUCGAUGUUGAUGCUCUCCAAGGGUUGUUCGUUCCAUGGAAUCAUGUUGGAUCAAUUAUUUGUUGCACAUCCGUCGGUAAAGACAAAAGUUGGUCGAAUUAUGGAAGAUGGAAUCAAAAAUGGAUCUAUAAAACCAUUAACAACAAACAUCUUCAAAAUGGAUGAAAUAGAAAAAGCAUUUCGUUUCAUGGCUUCUGGAAGGCAUAUGGGAAAAGUUAUUAUUUCAAUACGAAAAGAAGAACCUGAAAAGAAUGCGAUACCACCUGUCGUUCUCAGUCAGGCUUAUCCAAGGUUUUCUUGUUGCAACGAAAAAUCUCACAUUAUAAUAGGCGGUCUUGGAGGAUUUGGUUUGGAGUUAGCAGAUUGGCUUAUAAUGAGAGGAGCUAGAAAAUUAGUUUUAACUUCCAGAAAUGGCAUAAAGACUGGGUAUCAAUCCUACAGGAUUAGAAUUUGGAAGUCUUAUGGUGCUGUGAUAAAAUUAUCAACUGCUGAUGUCACCAACAGAGAAGGUUGCGAUCAGCUGAUCUCGGAAGCUGAAGAACUGGGACCAGUUGAGAGUAUUUUCAAUUUGGCUGUUGUGCUUAAAGACUCUUUGAUAGAAAACCAGAGUCUGGAAACCUUUAGGAUCUCUUUGGGACCAAAAGCUAUAGCAACCCAAUAUCUCGAUGCAAUAACGAGAGACAGAUGUCGGAAUUUAAGAGAUUUUGUCAUCUUCUCAUCUGUAUCUUGUGGAAGAGGAAACGCAGGUCAAACUAACUAUGGAAUGGCCAACUCUAUCAUGGAAAGGAUUUGUGAAAGGAGAAGACUGAAUGGUUAUCCAGCUCUCGCUAUUCAAUGGGGAGCAAUUGGAGAUGUUGGUUUAGUCGCAGAAAUGAUGGAGGACCAGACCGAAAUUGAAAUUGGUGGUACUCUACAACAGAGAAUAACUAAUUGUCUCCAAGUAAUGGACACAUUCUUGAGACAAAAAGAAGCUGCGGUAGUCUCUAGUAUCGUUGUAGCUGAGAAGAGAAGUGGUAGUGGAUCAGCAGACAAUAUUGUAGAUGCAGUUGCGAAUAUUUUAGGAAUUAAGAAGCAGAGUGUAUCACCACAUACGAAUUUGGCAGAACUGGGUAUGGAUUCUAUGACAGCGAUUGAAAUAAAACAAAGCUUAGAAAGAGAGUUCGAAGUUUUUCUAACGGCUCAAGAUAUUCGAACGAUGACAUUCGCUAGAUUGGAAGAAAUUCAACAAUCGAAAGAAUCAGACCGUGAAGCAGGUAUUGUCCACCAAAGACUCCCUACAGGAAUUGAACUAAUAUGGCGAAAUAUAGGUGAUGAAGAAAACUCUCAAACUCCUAUUAUUCAUUUACAAAGUUUGGUUGAAAAAACAACACAAGCACCGUAUAUCUUCUGCUUCCCCGGAAUAGAGGGAUUUGCUACAACUCUGAAACCGCUUGCUGCAAAUUUGAAAGCUAAAGUUAUUGGUAUCCAAUUCUGUUACAAAAACCCAACUGAUUCAUAUUCUAUUUUAGCAUCAGAGGCUGUUAUGCAAAUAGACAAGAUACUUGAACCAAAUGAACCACUCAAUUUGAUUGCCUACUCUUGGGGAACCAUCAUAGCUCUAGAGUCGUUAGCUAUAAUGGAAAAAAGAGGUCGUAGAGGCACCCUGAUAUGCUUAGAUGGUGCACCCAAUAUGCUCCAUGAAAUGUGUGAACAAGAGAUGAAGACGGGUUCAGAGGCGGAGUUCGAAACAGUUAUUCUGUGUCAUUUGAUGGCGUUAUAUGUACCAGUUGAAAUCAUUUUAGAGAAUAGGGAGAAAAUCUACAAAUGUAAUUCUUUCGAAGAACGUCUUGAUCUUGCACAAAAACUUACAUCGAAAGAUGCAAAACACUCUCCAGAAUAUCAAAGAAAAGCAGCUACUGCCUUUUACACUCGUUUGAAGGAACUUAGGAAUUACUAUCCAAAAUAUCCAAAGAUUCUGUCUAGCGUAAGACUCUUCAAACCCUCAAACCUGAGUGUCCAAAAUGUUCCAGAAGACUACAAACUCUCAGAACUUUGUGCUAACCUGGCUGAAGUGAAAGUUUUCGAAGGAAACCACCUCACCCUAAUUGAAAACACUGAUGUUGCAGACACAAUAAACAAUAUUUUGAGUUUAAAAGUCCCAUCUGACAAUUCAGUCAGAAUCAGUUGAAGAAGCAGUUAUUUAAUCUUUUUGCUUAUUUUUGGGCAGUUGAUUAUAAUUAUGUACGUUAUUUCUAAUAAACAACUCUUUUC